AUGGCAUCCGCUGCUUCCGGAGUAAUUUCCCCACAGGCCGACGACUCCUUCGAGCUGUACGACCUCCGAAUUGAGGUGGUGUGCCCUCCAGGAGAGAGGAUCAUGUGCGGUGCCAAAGAGGGUGACUACUUCUCUCUCGAGGGAGAGAUGAUGUACCUUCCUCCCGGUCAGGGCAUCAGCAUCUACAGUCUGGCUUCUGUCCUUCCGCUUCUUGCGGCGAAACAGCGCGUCACGCACGUCAACGACUGGAUGACCUCAGAUGCGCUGAUCGCCUGCCCGGAUCCCAACUGCAAAUCUCAGCUGAAGAUAGUGCGGACGGGCAAGAGGAGGUUCAGCCAUGCUGAGACGACGGUUGUUGGGUUGGAGGGAAACAGUUAG